AUGGCCACGUCUCCGCAUGCUGCUGUGAAGAAGGCCGGCUCGAAGAAGGCCGGCUCGAAGAAGGCGGCGCCCAAGGCCUCUGCGCCGAAGAAGGCGAAGAAGGCGGCGCCCAAGAAGGCGAAGAGCACCGGGUCGAAGAAGAAGAGCGGCGCGACGAAGGCCGCGGCGAAGAAGUAG